CCCCGUUCCGUCUACGCUUCUCUCGUCACUCCCGCACCGCGCCGCGGCCGCGCCUGCUCGCUCGACUCGUCCCCGGACCCGAUCCCCAACCCUCGCCCAACUCGAGAGAAGCGAGCUCUGGAUAGCGGCGCGAGAUUUCAAGCCCCCCGAUCACAUCUAGCCGGCAUCGAGGAGAAUGCCUCGCAAAGUUGUCUCUGGACCUGACUAUGAUGAUGGGUACGAUGACUAUGAUGAGUAUGACGAGGACUAUGAUGAUUAUGAUGAGACCGGAUAUGGCAAGAAUCAACAUCCUGUAAAGGAGGAGAAAGAAUCAUUGAAGAAGUCCUCAAGUACAGUCCCCGUGCAUUGGAUGUGUUCCAUGUGCACAUUCAAUAAUCAUGAAAGCAUGAUGUACUGUGAGAUGUGUGGAGUUUUCCGUGAAUCCUUUGUCAAAUCUGCCAAGGAUGGUUCGAUAAAAGAUGCAGUCAGUGCAGUGUCAAGUGACCUCAGGACAUCUGCUGCGUCAAAAAUUGAUUCUGCCAAGAUGUCAAUGAAGACUCGCGCCAUAGAUAUUGAUGGUGAUUCUAAGGGAAAGCAUGCUAGUGCCUCCUGUGACAAAGCAGCCAAUUCCAUACAGUUAUCACCUGCUGUUAGCUCAUUAGGUGCUAAAAAAGAGAAGACCGCCCCUGUACUUUCUGAUGAAGUGCCUGUGGAGAGGAUAGAUUUUAAGCUGAAGGGUGACCAGCGUAAGGGGGCUGGUAGUUCUUCACAGAAUUAUGAUGUGGCCCAGAAGCUCUCUUCUGACAUAAGUCAGCUAAGUUUAGAAAAGAACAAUGUAAAUGUCACAAAACCUUGUUUGCCUGAAGAGUAUAAGCCUGAGAAAUGGAUGUUAGCUCAUCAGGAGUCAGGGGUGCUGAGCCAACUAAACCUUGCAAUAGUGGGUCAUGUUGAUUCUGGCAAGUCAACACUAUCUGGGAGAUUACUACAUCUAUUAGGAAGGAUAUCGAAAAAAGAUAUGCACAAGAAUGAGAAGGAGUCUAAAGAGAAAGGGAAGGGAUCAUUUGCUUUUGCAUGGGCCAUGGAUGAGAGCAGUGAAGAAAGAGAACGAGGUGUGACAAUGACUGUGGCUGUGGCUUAUUUGGAGACCAAGAAAUACCGUGUUGUUUUGCUCGAUUCACCUGGCCACAAAGAUUUUGUGCCAAAUAUGAUAUCUGGUGCAACACAAGCCGAUGCAGCUAUUCUUGUGGUUGAUGCUUCCACUGGUUCUUUUGAAGCCGGCAUGGAUGGUGAAGGAGGAAAAAGUGUUGGCCAGACUAAAGAGCAUGCUCAGCUUGUUAGAAGCUUUGGCGUUGAACAGCUUGUUGUUGCAGUCAACAAGAUGGAUGCUGUUGGAUACUCAAAAGAAAGAUUUGAUUUUAUCAAACUACAACUUGGUAGUUUCCUGCGGUCAUGCAACUUCAGAGACUCAGCUAUUACCUGGAUUCCUCUUAGUGCUGUAGAAAAUCAAAAUUUGAUCAAACGUCCUUCAGAUGCCCGUUUGACCUCCUGGUAUCAAGAUUUCUGUCUCUUGGAUGCUAUAGAUUCCCUGCAGCUUCCUUCUCGGGAUGUUUCAAAGCCCCUCAUUCUUCCAAUCUGUGAUGUUAUCAAGUCUCAGUCAACAGGGCAGUUGGCAGCUUUUGGAAAAUUGGAAACUGGGGCUAUUCGAAACGGUUCGAAGGUGUUAGUUUUACCUUGUGGGCAAGAGGCGACAGUGAAAACCAUCGAGCGGGACUCUAAUUCAUGCAGCAUAGCGAGAGCUGGUGACAAUGUGGCGGUUAGUUUACAGGGUAUUGAUGGGAGUCGACUAAUACCUGGUGGGGUUCUUUGUCACCCUGGUUUCCCGGUGGCUGUAGCUAACCACUUGGAGCUGAAGGUUCUAGUCCUAGACAUCGCCAUUCCUAUUCUUGUUGGUUCUCAGGUGGAGUUUCACAUACAUCAUGUGAAGGAGGCCGCAAGAAUAACAAAAAUCAUUGCAUUGCUUGACAAGACUGGCAAACCAAGUAAAUCAGCACCUCGAUUUCUUAAAUCAAAGCAGAAUGCUGUUGUACAGGUUGCCCUAGAUGGAGCGGUCUGUGUUCAGGAAUUCUCUAAGAGCCGAGCUCUCGGGAGGGCAUACUUAAGGUCGUCUGGACGCACGAUCGCCGUUGGCGUAAUUAAUCGGAUAAUUGGCCAAGAUCAGAGCUAAACGACCUACUCUUCUGAAAACUGAACCAAAUUGCUGUCGUUCUUAGGGGUACUUGUAACAGACCCAUAGUGGGUGAUGUACUACUUAGCCUAUCAGAAUUCAGAAGCCUAGUGCUGGCAAUUUUGUUUCUCAUUUGCUUAUCGCCAUUCCGAUUAUAUUGAGAUAUGGCUGUAACUGUAAGAUGGUCACACAUUACUUUUGAGUUCUAACCCCUGGCUGUUGCAAAUC